AUGAAAGAUUAUACUUGCGUUUAUACACGGCACGAUUGCGAAUUGAGAAAAAAACAAUUGUCGGAAAUGACAAAGAAAGAAAAAUUUAAAGAUUCAAUAAUACAAAGGAUUUUUUUAGCAUCGCAAUUUAAUUAUCAAAGUCUUCAUUAUUUGAGGAGCAAGGGAGCCGUUCAAUUGGAAAUAAACCGUCAAAAAUUUUCGAGUCAUUGGUAUAUUUUUCAUCCGUUUUCAAUGGGUAGAUUUGUUUGGCAAAUUUUCAUGUUUUUCAUAUUCAUGGUAUCCGUUUACUAUUGUCCGAUAAGGGCGGCUUUUUUCAAUUCACUCAUGGCAAAAUAUUUACUCAUGAAAAAUAAGAACGCGACGCACAUAAUGAAAACUCUUUGGAUUAAUGUUUUACUCGAUAUUAUUUGGUUGAUAAAUUCAUUCGGAUAUUUUAUUACCGGGUACUACGAUGAGUCCACGGAUAAAGUUAUUUUAAAUCCAAAAACGAUAGCAAAACGUUAUUUAUCCACGGGUUUUUUCAUAGAUAUAACCACAUCGAUUCCACUCGAGGCCACCGUCGCAUUUAUUUUCGGUUUAAAAGCCUACAGCGAAAUGAAUCAUAAUUUAUUUAUUUUUCUUCACGUGUAUAACAUAUAUUCUAAUUUGAGGUAUCAUCGUCACGUUGUUUUUUGUUAUAAAAAUCGAAAUGCCAGUAUAUUAUCAAAUUUAUCACUCCGUUUGUUAGCUUCAAUUAUUGUUUACACAAUUAUAAUUAUUUACACGGUUUAUUUCAAUUUGAUUUUUCCACAAAUGAUUUACGGUACGAAAUUGUUUUUAAGAAGAGCUCAAGCUACACUUUCCUGGGUUCAAGUCGGAGAAAUAUAUCACAAAGAUUUUUUAAAUCAAUUAAAAUAUUCAGUGUCGAAAGCCGUGCAAGGUUACGUCGGCGCGACAGAUUGGGAAGAAAUAAUAGAUUUGGUCGAUUAUAUAUUGGCAAUAUUAUUUUCGAAUUUGGGAAGGUUUUGCACCGUAUAUUGCGUCAUAUGGUUUUUGCAAUGCAUAACGGCUGCGAACGUGUUGAGAACGAAAUUUAAUUUGAUAACGGAUCAAUUGAAAACGUACAUGAAACAAAAAGAAAUACCGAUUUACAUGAAAAAACGUUUGAAUCGUUUUUAUUUUUAUCGUUUUCAAUCUCACUAUUUCCGGGGGAGAGCACUUUUGGAUAAGCUACCAAAAUCAUUGAGAAAAGAAAUAAGUAUGUACACAUGCCAGAAAUUACUGCACAGCACGGAAGUGUUUCAAUCCGUUCCAAAAAAAAUAUUAACACGUUUCACACGUAAAAUGUACAGGGAAAUGUAUUUUCCGCAAGAUGUCAUAGUUCGAGCCAACACAUACGGCGAAUCCAUGUAUUUCAUUUGUUCCGGUACCGUGUCUGUAUCCACGUCGAACGAUGUGCAAAUAAUGCUUUUGCACGACGGUGAUUUUUUCGGGGAAAUAGCACUGAUAAGCGAUAACAGGAGGAGAAUCGCAACUGUAACGGCCGUUACAAUAACGGAACUUUAUCGUUUGGAAGAAUUCGAUUAUAAAAAAAUUAUACAAUCGUAUCCGGAUGUAUUUAACAGAUUAGAAAAAAUCGCCAUAGCAAGAUUUAAAAUGCUUUUAACCGUUGAAAAAAGUAUAAUAGAAGAUUCGUAA